AUGGGGGCCUUUCUUGCGACCCCUCGAACUCAGAAGCAAUCUGAGUGCGGUGGCUCUGUAGAUGCAGCAGCAAACCUGACGUCAGCAUACGGUGCUGCUGCUAUGCAGGGUUGGAGACAGACGAUGGAGGACGCCCAUGUAGCUGUCCCUUCUCUAAGAGCUCUUGUUAAAGGUGCUGCUGCUGCACCUGCACCUGCUGCUGCUGCUGCUGCACCUGCUGGUGGUGGUGGUGGUUCUGCAGCAGCAGCAGCAGCAGCAGCACAGGAAAAAGACGUGUCUCCCGGUGCAGCAUCGACAGCAGCAUCAACAGCAGCAGGAGGAGCAGCAGCAGCAGCAGGAGGAGACACUUCAUCAGACGAUUUUUGCUGUAGAGCUCUAGACGAAUUAAAACAAAUGCAAAUUGAAGACAUAGGUGUCUACGGUGUAUUCGAUGGACACGGCAGCAACGCUGUUAGCUACUGGGCAGCAAACAACCUUCUUACUGUUAGUCUCUUGUCUUACACUGUCUUAACUUUCUAUGUACCUUCUUCUUUAAAUUCUUAG